GGGAGGGGGCGGCGCAGGCGCAGUCGCUCAGAAGGUACCAGAACGACCCAAACGGCGGCGGAGCUCGCCGUUGGGGACUUUGGGCGUCGGGCAGACAGGAGAGGAGGAAGUCCCUGCCGCCGGGGCCGCCUCGGACCCUCCGGAGCGGCGUCUUUGGGGCCCGGCGGCGGCGGCGGCGGCGCGGAGCAUGUCGGGCCGGCCGGGCGCCCCGCCCCCGCCCCCGUGCUGGGACGAGGACGAGUGCCUCGACUACUACGGGCUGCUGUCGCUGCACCGCAUGUUCGAGGUGGUGGGCGCCCAGCUGACCGACAACGACGUGGCCGUGCUGUCCUUCCUGCUGGACGAGGCGCAGGCCCCCGAGGGCGACGGGGAGGGGGCGGCGGGGGGCUGGGAGCGGGCGCGGCCCCCGGCGCGGAGCGGCCUGGAGCUGCUGCUGGAGCUGGAGCGGCGGGGACAGUGCGACGAGGGCAACCUGGGGCCUCUGCUGCAGCUGCUGCGCGUCCUCACCCGCCACGACCUGCUGCCGCAUCUCACGCUCAAGAGGCCCCGCCCGGUGUCUCCCGAGCGCUACAGCUGUGGCCCUUCGGUCUCCCCGUCAGAGCGACGUGUGGGCAGCUGCCUGGGCCCGGCCACUACAGACCCUCAGCAGGGCCAGUGGGAGACAGGAUCAUCCUCUGGGAAGAGGCAGCGGGUGAGCCGGGGCCGGCCCAGCUCGGGGCCUCGUCGGCGAGGCAGGGGCGCGGCCCGGCGUCAGGAGCAGCUGCCGCCUCCACAGCCGCCUCCGGCAUCUCCUCCUCCUCCUCCCGCCCCCGCACCUCCUCUGAACAAAGUGACUUGCGAUAUCCGGCUGCGGGUGCGGGCGGAGUACUGCGAGCACGCGCGGGCGCUGCAGCAGGGGGUGCAGUCGCGGCGGCCCCAGCCCCUGGCCCGCCAGCUGGACCUGUUCAGCCAGGCCACGGCCGUGCUCAAGUCGCGUGACCUGGGGUCGGUGGUGUGCGACAUCAAGUUCUCGGAGCUCUCCUACCUGGACGCCUUCUGGGGCGACUACCUGAGCGGGGCCCUGCUGCGGGCCCUGCGCGGCGUCUUCCUCACCGAGGCCCUGCGCGACGCCGUCGGCCGCGAGCCCAUCCGGCUCCUCGUCAGCGUCGACGAGGGCGACUACGAGGCCGGCCGCCGCCUCCUGCUGCUGGAGGAGCCCGGGGGUGCCCCCUCCUGACCCCCCGGGGGGGCGCCGGGGGACCACCCCCCCACCCCCCUUCCC